CUAUCCUCCAUCUCUCCCACGCCGAUGCUCGAUGUACCAUGGCGUGCAAUGCCAUCGUCAUGCCUCAAGCAACACCUCCGCCACAUCAUCCUCCGCACACGCGUCAACUACUCCCCACAAUGUCGCCGUGGCUUCCAAACGAGCACUCGGUACAGGCAAGACGACGCCGGCGCAGACAAGGUCUUUUUGAGGAGCAAUGCCGUCGAUGAUAGGAGGAGAGCGCGGUACCGCCUUGCAUACCCGCUUGGUCGCGUGGUCGGGCAGCCAGGGCGUCGACAACGACAGACCACCGAGACUUUGAAGAUUGCCUCGAUGCAGCAGCCUUUUGAUGUGGUGGUGAUGCGCGACAUGCCCGAGGCGAAGAAGUCGAAGAGCGCGGAGAUUACACCUACAAGCCCGCCUGCUUUGAAUUUGAGCAGUGGCAUUUCGACUUCUGGAGAGGAGCCUACUCAAGAGGAGAUCAAUGAGUCCAUCGAGGCGCUGCGGCCGCAGUUCAGCAUACUGGAUCAGCACGAGUUUGACAGACUAGUGGCGGAGCUGGUCAAAGGCUACAACAGGAAACAGUUGGCGGCGUAUUUGGCUGCUGCGACCCGACCGGUCGAUAGUACUGCAGGCGAGCGAGAAAGCACAUCGCGUCGAAGAGCGACAGUGUGGCGUCCUGUUAUGUCUUCCCCACCGGAAGAAUCUACCGAAAUCGCAAAGGGGAAGAUGGGAAAGGGUAAAAUGAAACAUCUAGCCAACCAGAUCCUUCGCGCCGCUUGGAACGUGAGGAUAGAUGCUGAAGAGCAGCGCCUCGGACUGAUAUCUUUGCCGCUGGAGGACUGGCAAUCUCGCUACCUUUUCAGUCGCGCGUCUCCAAAUGGACAAUUCGUAUACGAACAACUUAUUCAAUCGCCACUGUUGCUCCGCGCGUCAAGAAUCACCCAGAAUAUCCACCAAGGCCUCAUGCACGUCACUGCUCGGCGACAAGAUGCCGAAGAGAUUAUCACCCUCAUUGAAGCAGGGUUGCGGGACGUUGGCAGGCUUGAUUUGAGUCUUGCACCCUUCAAGUCAAUACUGGAAACACAAAAGCCUGAUUCGGCACAGGGCAUCGCUCAGCUGUUCCCGCCCUCAGUCCUCGCAGAGAUAGAGCGACACUCGUCGAGCAUUCUCCAACCGGAUUUUGACGGACGUGUGUUGCGUAUACAUGCCCGAUCUGAGAUGGAGAGAGAAUAUGCCCAACGCCUCUUCCUCUCAAGGCUGCCUCUGCAUGCCCCGAGCGCAAUCACGUCGCUGAGUCUGGGAAAGAACGAGGCGAAGUGGACUCAGCACGACGGCCUGGCUGUGGAACCAACCGCCAAUCUGCCGUUUCGACACCAUGGUACUCAGUUCUUCCGGCCCACCGCAGUCGCGAGGACUAUGAAGGAUGUGUCAGAUGCACCAAUACGGGCGCAUGCGAAGAAGCUGUGUGACGAUAUAGCCACAGCCGUGCGUGCAAGCGAUACAAGAGCUCUCCCAGGCGACAAGAUUCCCGACAGCAGCUACUGGGAACGUCCACAUGCCGCAACCGCGCCAAAUCAAGAACUGCAACUCUGCAAGAUCCUCAAUCCCCUGCCGACUCAGGCUCAGCGCGGUAAGAAGAAAGUCGGCAAACCGGAGCGCCAACCACUCCAGGCGACGGCUAUACAAUAUGAAGUCCCUGGCCUCAACACCCUGCUUUCAUACUUCCAACCCGCCAAAGCGCAGCAAUACGCUUUCGAUGAUGCAUUCCUGAAAUCACCAACUCUCGUUGCGCACUUCAUCCCGUCGCCGUUCACCAGCGCGGGGGUGACAGUCCUGCAACACACCCCUCGGAUUCAGCUGCACUUUGACUACGCAGAUGGCGCCGACGGGCAAAGUCUUCACUUGUCGCGCAUGCAGGCUACGUUUCAGCAUGCCUUCAAUCGCAUACCUCUGUUGAAUGACACGAGUGAUUUGCAGCUGGUGAAAUGGCACAGUCUGACAGCUCAGAGGGAGCAGGCAGAGCAAGAUACAGAAAUCGCUCGCUUCACGCGGACGCUGCGUCACUCCGUUUCUGCUGGGAGUGGUGCUCUUGUCGGUGACCCUACGGUGAAGUUCAAGAUUCCUUCGCACUUCCUCCGGCAAGACUCGGCUGGGCAGGAAGAUGUUGAGGUGGAAUACGUCUUUGAACGCUUUGAGCAGAGGCAGAGCGCGGAUUUGGUGCCCGCGCGCGACGACGAGAUACUACAGACGGCGAAGGACGAGCUGAGACAGAUGGUGGACGGAUGGCCGGCUUCGGCGCGUCUGCGAUAUAGUGAAUGGCAGAGCGGGGUUGUUGGAGGGAGUGGAAAGGGGGUUAGUCUUAUUAUUGAUGAAGCUGCGCAUGGUGAGAUGCAUGCUGGAGAGAGGAGGAAGAGGGAUGUGGCAUUGAUGGCGACCGCUUUGGGGCUGACACGGUGUCUUACUCUGGCCACCGCCCGGGAAAUCUCCCCUCUAUCGGCGAUGAAUAGACGCUGAUAUAUGAAUAAAUCGUGUGUGAAUAAAGACUCAUACAGCUGGU